AUGACGUUCCCCGCUCCGCGGCCGCAGGCCCCGCGCUUCCCCAGCGAACGGAUCCGGAGCUUCGAGUGUAAACAGGGCGCCGUGAGGGCGGCGCGUUUCAACGUGGAUGGUAAUUAUUGCCUGACCUGUGGCAGUGACAAAACCCUGAAGCUGUGGAAUCCACAUCGCGGAACGUUCCUGAAGACCUACACUGGCCAUGGAUACGAGGUUCUGGAUGCAGCUGGGUCCUGCGAUAACAAGAUCUGCUCAUGUAGUAGUGAUAAAACCAUCAUACUGUGGGACGUGGCGACAGGACAGCUGGUCCGGAAAUUUCGGGGCCACGCUGGAAAAGUGAACUGUGUUCACUUCAACGAAGAGUCAACUGUCAUUAUUUCAGGUUCCAUUGACUCCUCGAUUAGAUGUUGGGAUUGUCGCUCCCGGAAACCAGAGCCCAUUCAGAUUCUUGAUGAAGCGAAGGACGGGAUCUCCAGUGUGAAAGCUUCAGACCAUGAAAUUCUGUCAGGGUCUGUCGAUGGGCGGGUUCGGCGAUAUGACCUACGGAUGGACAACUGUUUUGCAGAUUUCAUUGGAAGUCCGAUAACAAGUGUGUGUUUCAGCAGAGAUGGGCAGUGUACACUUAGCUCCAGCCUGGACUCCACACUGCGCCUCUUGGAUAAGGAGACCGGAGAGCUACUAGGACAGUACACGGGUCACAAGAAUAAACAGUAUAAGCUGGACUGCUGCUUCAAUGAGUCCGACACACAUGUGGUCAGUGGCUCUGAGGAUGGACAAGUGUAUUUCUGGGACCUAGUUGAGGGAUCCCAGACUGCAACGCUGAUGGUCGGGAAGGGUGUGGUGCAGUCUCUAAGUUACCACCCUACCCAGUCAUGUUUGCUCACUGCCACAGAGGGGACAGUGCAGCUCUGGGGAGAUAAAACAUACGAGGCAGAGAUGCAGACAGCCUUGUGACAUUCUGGCACAGGCUCCAAGCCUGUUUAACAGAUGAACUCUUGGUCUUUGCACUAGUUCCAGACUCAAGGACAGGCACCAUCACUCUGGUGCCAAUGUUAGAGCAAUGCAGGGGAACUACGAUGCGGUUAACCGUGACUAGCUGUUAUCCAGUGCCGAGCAUCUCCGACCUCCAUAAUUUAAAACAUGAGUUUUGUGAUGAAUAAAGUGAUUUGUUUUU